AAUAUUAUUCAGCCUUAAAAAAGAAGGAUUUAUAGUCUAACACAUGUUACAAAUGGAUGAACCUUGAAGAUAUUAUGCCAAGUGAAAUAAGCCAGUCACAAAAGGACAAAUAUUGUAUGAUUCCAUUUAUAUGAGGUACCUGGAGUAGUCAAACUCAUAGAGACAAAGUAGAAUGGUGCUUGCAGGGGGAGGGGGGAGAAUGGGGAGUUAUUGUUUAAUGGGUAUGGAGUUUCAGUUUGGGAAGAUAAAGUUCUGGAGAUAGAUGAUGGUGAUGAUUGCAUAGCAAUGUGAGUGUACUUAAUGCCACUAAACUGUACACUUAAAAAUGGGUAAAAUGGUAAGUUUUACAUCGUAUAUACUUUACCACACAAAAAAAUUAGAGCUGAGGUCCUUGAGGUGGGGAUUUUGAAGCUGUAAAUUUUGGAUCUAAAUGUUAAUGUGAUUUGCUAACAUGUGAGCAUCUCUGUUUUCUUCCCACCCUCACACUCCUUUCUAGCUAACAAGAGUUUUGUCUUUUGUCACUCAGAGUCUCCUCCUUCCAUGCAUUCUGAGAAGUUUUGAAUUUGCCAGCUAGGUUCCCUAACUUGGCAUGCAGAACUAGUAGAAUGAAGAGAGACCAGACAGAAGAGGAAACUAGUUUGGGAGAGCCAUUAGUUGGCAACUAGUAUUUCGUCUUGUGAAGAAACAUUUUUCCAAAGCUCCUUCUCUUCAAGUUGGUUGCCCCGGUGACCUUUCGCCACCACCACUAUGAUGACCUCGUGCGGACUCUGUACAAGGUGCACAAUGAAUGCCCCCAUGUCACGCGGGUUUACAGCAUUGGGCGCAGUGUGAAGGGGAGACACCUCUACGUGCUGGAAUUCAGCGACUACCCUGGAAUCCACGAGCCCUUGGAACCGGAAGUCAAGUAUGUGGGGAAUAUGCACGGUAACGAGGUGCUGGGCCGCGAGCUGCUGCUGCAGCUGUCGGAGUUUCUGUGCGAGGAGUUCCGCAACAGGAACCAGCGCAUCAUCCAGCUGGUGGAGGGCACGCGCAUUCACAUCCUGCCAUCCAUGAACCCCGAUGGCUACGAGGUGGCCGCCGCCGCCCAGGACAGGGACACUUCUGGGUAUCUGGUUGGCAGGAACAAUGCAAACGGAGUAGACCUGAACCGCAACUUCCCUGAUCUCAAUACCUACAUCUACUACAAUGAGAAGAACGGAGGCCCCAACCACCACUUGCCCCUUCCAGACAACUGGAAAAAUCAGGUGGAACCUGAGACCCAGGCAGUGAUCCAGUGGAUCCGCUCCUUCAACUUUGUCCUUUCAGCCAAUCUCCAUGGAGGGGCAGUGGUGGCCAAUUACCCAUACGACAAGUCCCUUGAGCACCGGGUCCGAGGUUUCCGCCGCACUGCCAAUACCCCCACGCCUGAUGACACACUUUUCCAGAAGCUGGCCAAGGUCUAUUCCUAUGCACACGGAUGGAUGCACCAAGGUUGGAACUGUGGGGAUUACUUCCCAGAUGGCAUCACCAACGGGGCUUCCUGGUAUUCUCUCAGCAAGGGAAUGCAAGACUUUAAUUACCUCCAUACCAACUGUUUUGAGAUCACGCUGGAACUGAGUUGUGACAAGUUUCCGCGGCAAGAGGAAUUACAGCGCGAGUGGCUGGGUAAUCGGGAAGCCCUAAUUCAAUUCUUGGAACAGGUACACCAAGGCAUCAAGGGAAUGGUGCGGGAUGAGAAUUAUAAUAAUCUUGCGGACGCUGUCAUUUCUGUCAGUGGGAUUAACCAUGAUGUCACUUCAGGUGACCAUGGAGAUUACUUCCGGCUGCUGCUUCCAGGUACCUACACUGUCACUGCCACAGCACCCAGGUUUGACCCAGAGACAGUGAGUGUGACCGUGGGUCCUGGGGAACCCAAACUGGUUAAUUUCCAACUCAAGAGAAGCACCCCUCCAGCAGCCCCUAAGAGGAGAGGCCCCAACUCAGGGCAUAGAGGCAGAGUCUUACCAAAGAAAGUACAGCCCCGGGCAGCUAGGAAAAAAGAAAUGAUGAUGAAACAGUCCCAGAGAGUCCCUGCCUGAAAUCCACAGUCCCCGGGGCAACACUUUAGAAAGGCUUUGUUCCCGCUCUCACACCACAUGAAGCAUUCUUUCUAUUUUAUUAUCUGAGACAUAUUUAAAUAUAAACAUAUUCAGAACAA